AUGACAGUUCACUUUAGACCUGCCCAGGUGGUCCUGUGUGUUGGAAUUGCUGAGUCAAGGCCUCGCCGCUGUGGCUACAAGACUCCACCCAGCCAAAUUCUGCUGAUGCUGGCACACUGUGUCCUGCGACGCGCACUCCGCGGUUCAACCCCAAAAGUAAUAUCAACCCGCUCGUGGCAGCAAUCGCCAAGUCCUUAUAAUAACGUCCGGUCAAAUGGCAUCAAUGGCAUCCACAGCAUCACAAGAAAGAGACCGAGUGUCGCUCAGAAUGUGCGAUCAAAUAUUCAAUCACGAGGUCUAAUCACAGCCGCUAUUCCAACCUUUGCUGUACCACCUUUGAUGUUCAUCGGACUUCUACUCGGUCUAUGGACCUGGAAAUGUUUCUGGAUCAUCGUCAUGCAAAACAAGCUCCUCUACCUCUCCUGGCUGCCUCCAUUUACAAGGUCGGAGGUUAUUUCAGAUUAUGAGGCUGAGUGUAGACCUGUGCGGUGGGAGGAGAAACAGAUUCGCAGUUUGGAUGGGACUAAAUUAGCUAUUUGUGAAGGCCACAUUCCAGUUCCUCGCGAGGCCCAGGACUCUGUUUCAAAUGCCGGUGCUUUACGAAAUCAAGAUCAGGAGAGAGAAAUCCCAAAACGAAAGAAGUCCGUUGUGAUCUGUUACUUCCAAGGCAAUGGCGGAUCGACCCCCAUGCGAUUACCUAUUCUCUCUCAGGUCUUGCGCGCAAUUGCAGAAACAUCAAGAUCAACUUCAUCUACUAUAUCUGGCCCCGAGAUGACUCAAUAUACUAUCGCUGCUUUAUCAUACCGCGGCUACUGGACAUCAUCUGGUCGCGCCACACAAUCCGGAAUUGAGAUGGACGCCCAGGCAUUCUUGAAUUGGAUUUCAGAAACAUAUGCGUCCCCAGAAACCGAUCUUGAGAUUGUGAUUUGGGGACACAGUCUGGGGGCUGCUGUUGCAAGCUCAGCAGUAUCUACGUAUAUUCCCCGCCAACAUGAAGGACAAACCUCCUCAGACACAAGCAAUAAUAGGCCCCUGGCGCCCAUUUCAAGGCUUAUUUUGGAGGCUCCAACAUCCAGCAUCAAAGAUAUGCUCAUCAGUCUCUACCCUCAGAAAUGGCUUCCGUACAGGUAUCUUUGGCCGUUCUCUUGGAAUACUUGGGAUAUCAGGGCGAAGAUGAAACAAAUGGCUACAUGGAGAGACCAACAAGGGUCUCGAACCCCCGACUCUGGGGCUACGGCAUCAAUACCUCGCUCGCUUGCGCCGAUAUUUCUUCUAUCUGCCGAGAAGGAUGAAGUCAUUCCGCCAUACGUACCAGACCAGUUAGAACAACAUGCCAAGUCUCUCGGCUUGGAAAUCGAGAGGAAAGAUGUCCUCGGCGCCAUGCAUAUAGAGGCACCACUCAAACUGGAUGGUAGGAAAGCAUUGGUGCAAUUUAUUCUCAACGGUACAUCAAUGCCCAAGACAUAA